AUGGGCAUCUCACUUAUCAUCAAAGGACUGUGCUUCAUCCUUCUCAUUCUGGUUGGGGUUGUGGGGAACUCAAGUGUACUUGGUGCAUUUAUAAGCAUUAGAAUGACAGAAUCCAAGAUAAGGCCAGCUGAUCAAAUCAUUUCAACAUUGGCAUUUGUGAAUAUAUUUGUUAUUUUAGCACGUGGUGUCCCACAAACCCUCACAGCCUUUGCACUCAAAAAGCUGUUAAGCAAUUAUGGUUGCAAACUGAUUCUUUACACCUUCCGUGUCAGUAGGGGCAUGUCUAUAUGCAGUACUUGUAUGCUCAGCUGCUGUCAGGCCAUUACUGUUGCUCCAUCAACAGAUCGGUGGGUAAAACUAAAACAACGAAUACCUAUGAAUACUGUGCUUAUACUAUGUUUUCUUUGGGGCUUUAAUCUGAUAUUUUGGUGUUCACGACUCCUCUAUGCUGCUGCAGAACUUAACUCAACAGUUCAGCCAUAUGCAAUAAAUUCAGAGUUUUGUUUUGUUAUUUUCCCAAAUUAUUCCCUUUAUAUAGGAACAGCAGCUCUUUACAUGGUAUAUGACCUGUGGUUUGUAAGCCUAAUGGCUCUGGCAAGUGCUUACAUUGUUUUAAUGUUGUAUCAGCAUGGAAGGAGAGUGAAAAGUAUCCGUGGAAACAAAAACAAGAUCCAAGGAAGCUCUCCAGAAACUCAGGCAGCCAAAGCUGUAGUGGCCCUUGUUACUCUUUACGUGACACUGUUUAGUAUUGAUAAUAUGUUUUGGAUCUAUACACAUUUCACACCAUCUGUGCCCCCUGUCUUUUCAGACAUCCGAUUCAUUCUUGCUUUAAGUUAUGCGGCACUCAGCCCUAUUAUAAUAAUUAAAACAAACAGAAAAAUUCUGACAAAACUGAAAUGUGCUAAAGAGGAAAAUGAGAUAACAAACUCCUAUACUUCAUCAUCAGUUUCGCACAUCAGUACUGUAAAUCUGGCUAAUAAAUAG